AUGCUAUCCAUUCACAAGUUCAGACUCAUUUCCAUUCCAUGUACAUGCCGUUGCACUUACGCUACGUCUUCAAAUGACUUUAUCGAUCACCAUAAACGUUUUGAUUUACAUGAUUGGCCUUCAUCCAAAAACCCCACACCGUAUGAAGUAUUUGGAUUAUCGUCCAAGGAUAUUGGGAUGUCCCGUAUCGAGUUAAACAAGAUCUUGAAAAUGAGAUAUGUGAAGCUAGUCAAGAUAUACCAUCCUGAUACAUCGUUGGACUUGAUAGACAAGUAUGGCGAACCACUCACCAAUGAGCAAAAACGGAAAAGAUUUGACUUGAUACAAGAAUCGUACGAUAUUCUACGAGAUGCAAGGAGGAGAGUAGCUUACAACCGAUUCAAGACCACGUCAUGGGAACAACAAGGCCCAUACAAGCCCGGUAGCGAGCCAUUUUCCAAAGAAAGUUUCGAAGCGUAUCGAAGAGCAAAUGCCCAUCGUGCAAGAUAUGACUUCACCAAAGAUGAAGCAUUUUGGCUGGCAGGAACUUGGAACGAUUACUACCAAAUGAAGUAUCAACGUCCACCCCCAACAAGAGAAGAAUUGGAAAAAAACAAGUACAAGAUUUUGUUUGGCGUAUUGGCGGUUGGCGCUUUAGCGUUUGGGUUGCAGAUAAUGAAUGCAAUUGAAAGAACAAACCAGUAUUUGAUAGAGACACACCAGAUGAAUUUGAAAUCAAUGAGAGAUUUGAAUCAAAGUUAUGAAGGGGAUGGUUCUUAUUCCGAGGCUGACAAUGUGCGAAAGUUUUUAAUAGGUCGAAGAACAACGAUGCAGCUGAAAAAGGACGAUUUUGGAAACGAAGAGCCUAGCGACAAUGAGUUGCUUUACAAGUACGCAAGAGCCAGAGUUAACAAAUGGGACAGAAAGGAACAAGAAUGGAACCAAAGACGUCAAAGUAGUUCAGAUUUGGAAUACAAUUAA